AUGGCAAUUUUAGAUCACAUUAAAAAUUUCUACAAUACAAUUUUAAAAUCAUCGCAUCCACUAUUACUUGCGGCACAUUUAAGUGGUAAAGUGGCUCCCAUAUUAUUCUAUGUACUCGGUUCGCUAUUUCUAGGGUUCACACCCCAAUUCAUUGUCGUUGUAUUACUACUGGCACAAGAUUUUUAUUUGACUAAAAACAUCAGUGGACGUAGAUUGGUUCAAUUGCGUUGGUGGUACGAUCCGUCAUCAGAAGGAAUUAGAGCGUUUAUCUUUGAGUCUUAUAAACAAUAUGCACCCGGCCCUCCAAUAAAUCCUAUUGAUUCCAAAUUAUUCUGGUGGUCCAUGUAUGUUACACCAUUAGUAUGGUGUGUAUUUGCAUUUUUAUGCAUCAUAAGGUUUAAACUUUUCUACUUACUACUAGUGCUAGUAGGCGUAGUUUUAACCGGAUGGAACACUUAUGGAUUUCAUUGUUGCGAAAAAUGGGAUCCAGAUCAUGAUGAAAAUAGUAGUGGCAGUUGGUUCCAGAUGCCAUCAAUCCCAGGGCUGGAUAACAUAUACAGAUUAGCGACAAUCCAAAAUUUCUUCCGUCCUUCCUCAUGA